AUGCAAGAUCUCACAAUGGCCCUGUUCAGUCCGUCCACACAACUGCUAACUGGCGAUCCCUCGAAAACACACGUGCUCGCUUGUGCUCUACUCUGUCGGGGUGAUAUUGCCGUGCACGAGAUUAAAAAUGCCGUCACAAAAUUGAAGCAGAAGGGCCUGGUGCACCUCGUACCGUGGUGUCCAACAGGUUUUAAGAUCGGAUUGUGUUUACAACCACCUACAUAUGUGCCUCAAAGUGGUCUGGGGCAGGCGAAUAGAUCGGUUGUGGGUCUGUACAAUUCCACACUGAUUGUCACUCCGAUCCGCGCGGUAACGCAUAAAGUAACUCAAUUGAGUCGAAAACGUGCGUUCGUUCAUUGGUAUCUACAAGAAGGUCUUGAGGAAGGUGAACUGACUGAGGCUCAAGAAGGCAUCCAAAUGCUAUUGGCCGACUUUCAAAAUUUGGGUCGUGAGUUCCACGUGAUGCAGAAACGUUUACUUUGUUGUUACGAUGAGGAGGGUUUUUGUGCAUGGGUUCUAGAACACGGAAUGCCGGCAAACAAGAAUGACAUUCCAGAGGCUUAUUCACCUGAAGAGGAUUUCGGUUCACCCAAUAAUCUGAGCAUCGACGGGGAUGUGGAUGCAUUACAAAGCGACUCGCUCAAUCAGGCCAAUAUGGCCGGAUAUUAUCAGCCAGAUGCGCUCUUAGGAAAACAUUCUCCCGUUUCAUUGACGCGCAGUUACGGUUGA